AUGUCAGAGUUGCCUUUACAUAUGGAUUUAUACAAGCUUCAAUUGAACAAUUUUACUGAAGUCACCAUGUUUCUAUUAAUGGGCUUCACAGAAGAAUUUGAUGUGCAAGUCUUCCUAUUUUUAUUAUUUUUAGCAAUGUAUCUUUUCACUUUAAUAGGAAACUUAGGGCUGGUUGUAUUGGUCAUUGAGGAUUCCCGGCUCCACAACCCCAUGUACUAUUUUCUUAGUGUUUUAUCGUUCUUGGAUGCCUGCUAUUCUACAGUUGUCACUCCAAAAAUGUUGGUCAAUUUCCUGGCAAAAAAUAAAUCCAUUUCAUUUAUUGGAUGUGCAGCACAAAUGUUUCUUGCUUGUGCAUUUGGGAGCACAGAAUGCUUUCUCUUGGCUGCAAUGGCUUAUGAUCGCUAUGUAGCCAUCUACAACCCGCUCCUGUAUUCAGUGAACAUGUCACCCAGAGUCUACGUGCCACUCAUCACUGCUUCCUACAUUGCUGGCAUUCUGCAUGCUACUAUACAUACGGUGGCUACAUUUAGCCUGUCCUUCUGUGGAUCCAAUGAAAUUGGGCAUGUCUUCUGUGAUAUCCCUCCUCUCCUUGCUGUUUCUUGUUCUGACACUCACAUAAACCAGCUUCUACUCUUCUACUUUGUGGGCUCUAUUGAGAUAGUCACUGUCCUGACUGUCCUGAUCUCCUAUUUUUUCAUUCUGUUGGCCAUUCUGAAGAUGCAUUCUGCUGAGGGGAGGAGAAAAGUCUUCUCCACCUGUGGGGCUCACCUAACUGGAGUGUAAAUUUAUCAUGGGACAAUCCUGUUCAUGUAUGUGAGACCAAGUUCCAGCUAUGUUUUGGAGCAUGACAUGAUAAUGUCGAUAUUUUACACCAUUGUGAUUCCCAUGCUGAAUCCUAUCAUCUACAGUUUGAGGAACAAAGAUGUAAAAGAGGCAAUAAAAAAAAUGUUUGGAAAAAAUCAGGAUAUCAAUAAAGUAUACUUUCAUACUAAAAAAUAG